CACAUUAUUUAUUUAUUAAUUUUUAAUGAAAAAGAACGGUGAGUAUAAAUAGGGAAAUGCUAUGAGGGAAUGCUUCUUUGGCGUUCUUUCCCUAAAACCCUAAUUUUGUUCUGGUAUUACGCGUGAGAGAGUAAAAUGGGGGCCAAGGCGAAGAAAGCUCUGAAGAAAAAUAUGAGCAAGGUUUCCGCUGCUCCUCAGAAGAAGGAAGCUGCUGAUUUCCUGCCAUUAGAGGGAGGUCCUGGGCUCAAGCUUCCUGUUCAGAAGCCUACUGAAGAUGUUUCUAAAGUUGUAUACGUUGGUCGGAUACCUCAUGGAUUCUACGAGAAUGAGAUGGAAGGUUUCUUUCGACAAUUUGGGGUAAUCAAGAGACUAAGAAUCGCAAGGAAUAAAAAGACAGGAAAGUCCAAACAUUAUGGCUUCAUUGAAUUUGAGGAUUCAGGGGUAGCCAGCAUUGUAGCAGACACAAUGAAUAACUAUUUGUUAUUUGAACACUUGUUGCAAGUUCAACUUGUUCCUUCAGAUCGUAUCCAUCCUAAACUAUGGAGAGGUGUUAGUUUUCGAUACAAGCCACUGGACUGGGUUAAAAUUGAGCGAAAGCGUCACGAUAAGGAAAGAACAUUGGAUGAGCAUAAGAAGUUGGUGGAGAAAAUCGUCAAGCGAGAUGGGAAACGUCGAAAGAUGAUAGAGGCUGCUGGUAUUGACUAUGAGUGCCCUGAAAUUGUGGGUAACUUGGAACCUGCUCCAAAGAAGAUUAGAUUUGAGUAAAGAGCAGAUACCAAGAUUUUGAUUCCAUCCAAAAUAUGUGUCCUAGAAUUCUGCUUUUGUUUUUAGAACUUCUAGAUUUAUGUAAUCAUGUUUCUGCUGUUAAAAAUGCUAUAUAUUGAGAAACAGACUUGGAUGUAAGAAUGAUAAUAUGGUGAAAGUGGAAGAAGUUUUGCCCUCUUUAUUUUAUAA